AUGAAUUUGGGUGAAUGGAUUGAAUUUUUUGAGGCUGCUGGUGUUCCACCCAAAGUUCGAGAGACUUAUGCUGCCAUUUUUGUUGAACACCGUAUUAACCAUACAGUGCUAGCUGAUCUUGACAAAGAUCAUCUCAAAGACAUGGGGAUCACAGUUAUUGGUGAUAUAAUCUCUAUACUGAAACAGUGUAAGAAAAUGAGGCAUGAAGUGUCAGUUGCACCGGUACCUGUUGUCACUUCAACCACAUCUAAAGAUUCUUCAUCUGAAGAUAAAAAGCCACUGCCCAAAGAUGUUAUUUCUGUGGUCCCAGCGCGACGUCGAAUGGAUCCUAAAAUUGAGGGUAAAUAUAUUGUCAAGAUGCCAAAAGGAACAACACCAAAAACGCAGAAGAUUCUUGCAUCCAUCAAACAGAAAACAGCUAUGAAGUCUAGUCAACAACAGCAGCAGCAACAACAACAACAGACUGAUAAACCUUCUAAAACUACUGAAUCUCCAGUCUCAUCCACUUUUGGCGAUAGUGACGCUGAUGAUUCUGAUAAUUAUCGUGUGAUUAUCUCUAAACCAAACACCACUUCUUCUUCUACGUCUGGUGAAUCAGUAUUCAAUCGCUUAGGUGGCAGUGUCAACAGACAAGAUUCACCUACAAGUGUCCUGAUUAAAAGAACUGAUCCAUCAUCUGCUAUGCAACGAUUUAUUCGUUUGAAUUUAAAUCAAGACAGUUUUUCACCGCCUUCUCGUCUAUCAGCAUCUGCUUCUGAAGAUAUGUUUAGUUCAACUGAAGAAUCUUUAGAUUUCAAAGUGGUUAGACAAUUUGGUAUGUCGGGUAAAAAUUCUCAACAAUCAGCCAGAGUAAAAACACCUUUAAAGCGCCAUGCUUCUGAAACUGUUUUCAGUCGAUUAAGUGCACCAUCUUCUAUGAGUCCACUGGAGGAUCAACUUUCUUAUAAAGGAGUACUCAAGAAAUCUCGAAUACAGUCUUCUUCAUUUGACAGUGAUUCAAUAGUUCCGAGUCCUUUGAAAAGUCCUCUUCGGCCUUAUACUGAAGGAGUACUUGCCCAAGAAAAUGUGCACAAAGUUUCUGUGAAAAGACGUUUAGGCAACAGGCCAAUGAAAUCAAAUGCUCCAGUCCAUUCUAGACUCGGUCGGGCGUCUAACCCAAUAUGAAGCACCUGCUUGUCACCACUUUCUUGAUUGGUCUUUGGUGUAAAUAUACCUUAUGUUACUUAUAUUUCAUGAAAUAUACUUUUAUUUAUGUCGCACA